CAGACAGUUCCGAUGAGGAUUCUGACCUUGAUGAUUUAAUUCAGGGGACAGACGAACCUGGGAUCAAUGACAUGGACGACGAAGUGCAAAUAUUUGAUGAACUGGAACAGUUCUUCAAUGAAGAAAAAGACGUCGGGCCAAAAUUACAGGAAAAAGUGGCCCUCAAAUUAAAUGCGGCAUUACGACCCAGUAAAGUUAAUGAUGAAAAAAUGAAAGAACUGGACAAAAUCUACAAAAGACCAGAAAACAUCACUGCCCUACAGGUCCCCAAAAUUGAUCAUUUAUUAUGGAAUCAACUAAGAUCAUCAACAAAAUCAGUUGAUAUUCAGCGACAAAGAGCGAUUGCUCAUUUGAAUAGAGCAGCUACGCCCCUUGUCCUAGCCAUGGACAAAGCAUGUAAUAAAGAAGGGACAGAUGUACCAACAUUAAAGCAAGCAAUAUUGGAUUUGUUCAAAAUUAUUGCAAAUAGCAUCCACAAAAUUAACUGUGAACGUAGGGAAAGUGUGAAGAAAGAACUUUCCAACAAAUUCAAGUCUCUAUGCUCAAAUGAACACCUUCCAUCAGAUACAGGGCUCUUUGGGGAUAAUUUGGUGGAAGUUUCCAAAGCCUUACAAGGAGAGAAAUCUAUUCAAAUGACAAAUAACUCAACAAAGGAUCAUUUUUUAGGCCAGCAGAGGGUGGGGAACAACUUCACCAAGCAAAAUUUCAACAAAACCUUCAAGUCAAGGAAUCCUGUUUCCCGCCCAGAGAACAAACAAAUUUACAAAGGGAAAGCCAAUGUGUCUGGGCCGAACAAAGCCAAGAACCGUUAUUAGAUUCUCCUCCCAAAAGUGUUGCAGAAAACAAUAGAAGAUACUGCGGAAGCCAUCUUAGUGGCACCUCUAUGGACUACACAAGUGUGGUACCCACAAUUGAUGAACUUGUCAAUAAAGUCAGUAUUCUUUCUUCCGUCUCCUCAAAAAAUUCUUCGGUUGCCACACAAACCGGACUACCGCCACCCACUGAAAAAGAUGACACUAGGUGCUUUCCGUAUAUCAGGGAAACAUUAUUCCAACAAGGUUUCUCAAGAGAAUCUUGCAAUUUAAUAAUAAAUGGAUGGCGCAAAUCAACAAGGAGUCAGUAUACAUCAUACAUUAAAAGGUGGCUAAAAUUUUGUGAUCACAAAGGAUUGGUAGCUUCUACGCCGGAUGUACAUAUUGUUGUCAGUUUUUUAACAUCUUUGUUUUCUCUUGGUUUAAGUUAUAGUGCUUUGGUUACUGCACGUGCAGCAGUUAAUGCCUAUACAAGUAUGUGUGGACAUGUUGACUUUAGUGAAAACAAAAUUAUUAAAAAAUUUAUGAAGGGUAUCUUUAAUAAGAGACCAAAUAUACCAAAACACCCUGAAUUAUGGGAUGUAAACAUUGUUUUCAAUUAUAUUUGUCAGGUUGAAGAUGAUUCUCUUAUGUUUUUAUCUGGAAAAUUAUGCUUAUUAUUUCUAUUAUUAAGUGCACAGAGGUGCCAGACUUUACAUUUGAUUAAUGUUAAUGAUUUAAAAGUCAUGUGUAAUCAAAUUAUUGUUUAUCCAAAUCAUUUGUUAAAGCAGUCUAGACCAAAUUAUCAUUUGGAACCAA